AUGAGCUACAAGGCGCUGUUCACCAUUGCAGCCGCUCUGGACCAUGAGAUACACCAGAUGGACGUGAAGAUUGGUGUGCCGCCUGAACAAAGCCCUGUAUGGAUUGAAGCAGGCUUCCCCGUGGAUCUGGGCUUCGAGCUCCUGGUGCCUGAUAUCGAAAUACUCGUCAAGGGGCAAUACAUAGCGGUAUCUGGGGGAGUGCCGGUACCCCGAGUGCCAGCAUGUACGCCUUCAUUGUUCCAGCAUGAUCCUGCCCGCUCUUACAAAGAGAAUUACGUUAAAAAACAGUCUGGCUGGGGCAGUACCCAGGACCGAUACCCCGCGUUCUUUCACGUCACGCCGCCCAACUCAAUUUCCGUGAUGGCUGACGCCGGCACUUGCCUCCAUAGUUCGCCACAACUGGCGCUUUCGGCAACAAACAGCUACCGCACAACGAUAUACUACGGUCAGUACAAAGGGGUCUUCUUGACCUCAGCACACCUUUCAUCCUACGCUACACUAAGCAGUGGAGUGACUUUCUAG